CUUUUGCCCUUCUGCCGCCGCAGCACGGCCACUGCUCCUUCCCCUCCCCCUCAACCUCCUCUCACCAACAGCAAGCGCGGCACAGCCGUGCGCGCCUAAGUCAAAGCCGCCUCGUCGUCGGCGCGGACGAUGGAAACCAAACGGGAGGAGCCGAGGGUGGUGACGCUGCGGCCGGUGGAGGCCACGCCGGAGUCCUUCGCGCCCUUCGGGCAGGUCAUCGCCGCCUCCCCCGACGGCGACCAGUUCGGCCCCCACGACGCCCAGCUCGACCUCAACCGCGGCAUCCCUAGGUUCUACAUCAUGAGAUUGGAGAGCAGGCCGCUCAGGUUCUCGACCAUCACCCACCAUGCCAGCGUCACGCAGUGCCUGGGCUCCAUCGGCGGCCAGGACUGGUACCUCGGCGUGGCCAAGCCUUCCGUCGUGGACGAGCACGGUGGCCAGGAUGGUGGCAGGGCUCCCGUGCAGUCGCCCGCCGGGCACUACUAUCUGCCUCCGGAUCCGUCCGAGGUCCGCGUCUUCCGGGUCCCCGGUGCCAAGUUCCUCAAGCUGCACGCCGGGACCUGGCACGCCGGGCCGCUCUUCAAGGCAGACGCCCUGGAUUUCUAUAACCUGGAGCUCAGCGACACCAAUGACGUGGAUCGCACCACGUACUACUUCAAGAAGCAGGACGGCGUGACCUUUGUGAUCGAGGAGUGAGUGAGGCGCCGCACGUCGCGACCUGGGCGCAUAAAGCCCAGCGCAGCGUGUGCCUCGCGGACGCUGUUCGUGCCACGUCUGUCCCUCUGCGUCAUGAACUUCCAGUGUGUAUGUAUGUAUGUAUGUAUGUAUGUACUCGCAAUAAUGUACUGCUACGUACUGCAAGCCAUUUGUAUACGUACUUAUUACGUAGUACGCGUCA